CCCAGCCCGAGCCCCAGCAGUGCCGCCGGGCUGUGCAGGGCAGGGCUGCUCCGGGCUCUUCUGUGGCGGCUUAGGGCAAGACGGACCCGGGCUGGUCUGGACUGCGCAAGCCGGGCCGGGCCGGGCCGGGCCGGGCCGAGCGGGGGCCACAAGCGAUUGACUGACUGACGGAUCAGAAGCUACCCAAACUGGGGCGGGAUUGGGGGGGGGGGGCGGGGGAGGCUCCGGGCACCCCGGCAGCAGUGGCGGCAGCCAGCGGCGUAGGAGACACGGGAGCCUGCGGACCGGACUGAAGGAGGGUCGGGAAGUAGGUGAAGGGAGAGGGGGGAAGGCAGGUGCGGCGGCGGCGGAGGCGCCACCCCCCCCCCCCCAGGAUGCCCUCGGGAGCCCUGACGCAGCGCGCUCCAUCGCCCUGGACCGGCUGCUCCCAGACCUGCGCUCCGAGCAUCCUGUCCUGUUUGAGGGUCUGACGAUGGAACCGUGCCAAGGGCUGCUCGGGAGGCAUCCGCGGCCACAGGCUCCAGGGGCUCCGGAGGCAGGUUAUGACGGGCCGGCAUCUGACUGGCAGCCCGAGAACCCGGGAGCCGAGGCGGGGCGGAUGAUGGGAUGAGCCGGUGGUCAGCCCCCAGCCAGCCAGGGAUCUGACCGCUGACCCCCCACCCCCAGCAAGGGCAUGGCCAAACCUUUUUUCAGACUCCAGAAGCUUCUUCGGCGCACACAGUUCCUGCUCCUUGUCAUCACGGCCGCCUACCUGAUGGCUGGAAGCCUCCUGCUGCUUCAGCGCUCCCGCCUGGCCGUGAUGCCCCAGGGGCCCCGGGCAGCCCCCGGCCCGCUCCAGGCCCUGCCCGUGGCUGCCGUGGCCUUGGGCGUCGGCCUCCUGGAUGGCGGCUCCAGCCCCCAAGAAGACCACGAACUCCUCCUGGGCGUGGACGUGCUUCGGCGGCCUCCCAGGGCCGAGCCCAGGCUUGGGCCCCGCGGGCUCAUGGCGCGGAAUUCUGAGCCCGGGCAGCUGCGGCGGCGCAGGUUCCGUCACUUUGCCAGUGACCAGGACGGAGCUCGGGGCCCCGGGCCCCAGGCGGGGGACCCCAAGGUCCUGAAAGAGGCCUCCGAGAGCCAAGGCUCCUACAUGGGCUGCUUCAUUGACAGUGUCCAGGACAGGACUCUGAAGGGAGCUGUGUUUUAUGACCUGAGGAAGAUGACGGUGGCAAACUGCCAGGAAGCCUGUGCUGAGCGGUCUUAUGUCUAUGCUGGUCUCCAGUAUGGCACCGAGUGUUACUGCGGGAACAGGCUACCAAAGAGGAGUUCCAAGGCCGAGGAGUGCAACCGCGAGUGUCGGGGGGAGAAGGGCUCUGUCUGCGGGGGACUCAACCGGCUCUCCAUAUACCAUGUUGGGGCACUCUCUCUCAGCUCCUCCAAACGAAGGACCGUCACCUACCGGGGAUGUUUCCGAGUACCCAGGAACCUCACUGACACCUUGGCCAGCUCCCUGACCCAGCCCAACCUGACUGUGGAGGUGUGCUCACAGCUUUGCUCAAAUAAAGAGUUCCCGCUGGCAGUCAUCAGAGGCCCGGAGUGCUUUUGUGGCUAUCCCACCCCAAAGUUCAGCCUGCAUGAUGCGGUGGAUAGCUCCCUCUGUGCUUGGCACCCUGAGACCCCAGGCUGGGGGGAUUACUGUGUGGUCUACCAGACCCCCAUCCAAGACACACGGUGCACUGACAGGCGCUUCUUGCCCACCAAAGCCAAGGUUUUCGUGGCGUUGUCCAGCUUCCCGGGUGCUGGCAACACAUGGGCCCGCCACCUUAUCGAGCAUGCCACAGGCUUCUACACUGGCAGCUACUACUUUGAUGGUGCGCUCUACAAUAAAGGGUUUAAAGGGGAGAAAGACCAUUGGAGGAGCAGGAGGACCAUCUGUGUGAAAACACAUGAAAGUGGAAAGAGAGAGAUCGAGAUGUUUGAUGCUGCCAUCUUGCUCAUACGGAACCCAUACAGGUCCCUCAUGGCAGAAUUUAACCGCAAGUGUGCUGGGCACUUGGGAUAUGCCACAGACAGGAACUGGAAGAGCCAAGAGUGGCCCGACUUUGUCAACAGCUAUGCAUCCUGGUGGUCAUCCCAUGUCCUGGACUGGCUCAAGUAUGGCAAACGGCUCUUGGUCGUCCACUACGAGGACCUGCGUCAGAGCCUCCUUCCUAAGCUGAGGGAGAUGGUGGCCUUCCUGAAUGUGACAGUGACUGAGGAGAGGCUUCUGUGUGUGGAGAGCAACAGGGAGGGAAGCUUCCGGAGACUCGGUGGGCAGCCAAGGGAGCCCGAACAAGCCUUCACGGCCGAGAUGAAAGCACUCAUCGAUGGCUACAUCCGGACUGUGGACCAGGCCUUGAGGGAGAGGAACUGGACUGGCCUGCCCAGCGAGUAUGUGCCCAGAUGAUGGGUCCCUGGCAGGUGGCCCCAGCACCAUCUGCUCCCCACAGUGUGCCAGAUGCGCAGAAGCACAUGACCACCCUCACACAUACUCACACCCUCAUACAUGCACACACUCAGACUUACCCCCCCACACACUCAGACACACACAUUCACAAACACUCGCACACACUCACACCCUCAUACAUGCACGCAUUCAGACUCACACACUCAUACUUACUCUCCCACACAUUUACACAGUCACACCCACACUUACCUAUACAUAUACACCCAUACACACAUUCACAAACACUUAAACACACUCAUACCCUCAUACAUACACACACUCAGACUCACACACUCAUACUUACUCUCCCACACAUUUACAGUUACACUCACACCUACACCCAUACACACAUUCACAAACACACACUCACACCCUCAUACGAGCACAUACACUCACUCUCCCACACAUAUUCAUCCUCAUGCACACACACACACUCUCUCCCUCAAUUCAUAGGCUCACACAUGCAUACACUCCAACACAAUACUCUCCCACAUAUUCACACUCACUCACACAUACAAACACAUACUCAUCCAUAUACACAUGCACUCACAUGCACAUAUUCUUCCCCACACACUCACACCCACAGUGGCUCUCAGAAGCCCAUAGGUUUACAGCCCCAGUGCCUUGCUGGGGUGGGCCAAGGAAGGCAGUUUUCUCUGACCCUGGGAGGCUCCCCGGGGCACUCUGAACACAAGGACACAGACUGAGCCCAGCCUGUUUUGAGAGGGUGUCCUGUGCAAGGUCUGGGGCCCCAAGUGGCUGCAAUGGCCACAGUGAGCUGCAAGGUUUGGAGAGAAUUGCCCCCUUGCAGGUGUUCAGAUAUGCUGAGGGGGAUUGGUCAUCACACUUCACAAGUCGCCCUCAGCCAGACAAACAUACUGACUAUGUCUCGGAGACUCCUGUGGAGUCCCCCUCUUUGCCCAGGCUCAGGCUCCCCAGAAGCUGUGCUCAAGCUGCCUCCCUCUGGGCCUUGGGCGAUGAACCGAGAGGGAAGGAGGCAGCUGCCAGAAGCUGGAGCCAGCAGUGCUGGCUCCAGUGGGUGCAAAGGAGCCCUGCUGGGGGCACCUGGGAUGUGGAUGGUCACCCCAGAGGGAGGCUUGUAGCUUCCCUGGGGGCAGGGAGAAGUCUGGUCAAGCCUCCUCCUGGGUACCUCAGGGAGCACCAAGAGGGGUCAUCAGUGCCCGAGGGUGGCUUCCACUGCGCCUGGAUUAUGGACGCUGCUGGCUGCCAAAAGAUAGCACUGGUCCAAGUUCUUGGGGAAAUGGGAUGGUCGGGUCCAUUCUGUUGUCUCUCUGUGAUCACUUGGCCCCUCUGGGUCUGCCUGCAUUCUUGGCGUGCAUCUGUCUGUCUGCCUGACACUCUCCCCCAUCCUCCCUGCCGGUCCUUUUUGGUUCUCUCUGUGUUGGAGACCAUGAAAAUUCAGCCUAUGUGGGGCUUCUGCCUGGGAAGGAUGCUGGCUCAGUGAAGUGAUAGAGUCAGUCAAUGGUCAAUAAGCACUUAUUAAGCACCCACAGUGUACCAGGCACUGUGCUUAGCACUGAGGAAACAAAACAAAAAAAAAGGCAAAAGACAUUCCCUGCCCACGAGGUGUCCCCAGGUUCAUAGCCAGUGGGAACGUGCUCUAAUCUCCUUAGAACUCAGCCCUGCCUAUGUCAGGAGCAUCUUCUGCACAAUAAACAUGCCCCCAAAGUGGGGCAGGCAGCCGCAGGGUCAGGGAGGGCCGUGCCUGGGGCUGGGAGGCUGUGAGAGAGAUUUGGGGAGUCAGCAGACUCCAAACUUGGAGAUUCUAUCAGUACUUAAGUCGCUGAGUGUCUGCACGUACCCAGGACUCAGUGAGUUGUCCAGAGAAGGUCCCCAUGUGUGUUUGGACACAUAAUGGUCAUAAAUAUUAUGGGGCAACUGGGAGAUGCAGGAAUAGGGGAGGAGUUGGGGCAUCCUAAUACCUAAUACCUUCUGGCCUUGAUCGGAGGCCAGUGUGAGCUCAGGGGGUGUCAAUGCCCCCCCCAGGGGUCUGAGCCUCCUCACCUGCACCCAUGCGUGGUCAUGGAGAAUUGCUCACCAUCAUGAGAACUGACAUUCCUAUGGUGGCUUAAGGCUUUCAAACCUCUGUCCUCCCAUUACUCCUGAUAGGUUAUGCAGAUGCCAUCCCUCCCACUUUACAGAUGAGGAAACAGAGGGUCAGGAAAUCCACAUGGCUAAAUCCAUGACCACAUGGCUAGUCAAGCACCAGAGCUGAACUUUGACCUCAGGCCCUGUGACCUCCAGUUUAGAGUCGGGCAGUCACACAUUGUUUGCUGAAAGUUGCUCCUCGUCAAAGAGAAGCUGAAUCAUUGGUCUGACCCAGCGCUCUAAGUUGUCUUUGAUGCUGAGCAUGAAAGCUCGUUUGAGGCCUGUGACUGCUCUCUGCUUGCAGUGUCAAUGCUAACCCUUCUCUUGCUUCUCUUUUGGUCCUCUUCUGACAAGCCUCAUCUGACCCUGCUCUUCUUUCUUAGCCCUGUCUGUGGAUGGCUUGGAGCAGAGGCUUGGCCAGUGCCCUGCCUAGGAGAUCCAAGGGUUACUGCUAGGGGAACUCUGGGAUUCUACCUCCUCAUUUGGGAAAGUGUUCUGUAUUGGAUAGACUUGUCUAGGAAUUGGUGAGAGGCUUUGGUUUCCUUUUUUUGGAAUGAAAAACUUAAAGCAGGUUGAGUUGGGACUGAGAUGUGUCCCAUACAGUGUCUUCCUAUCCUAUUGAUCUCUUCUCAUUUGGAAUUUGCCUUCUAUUACUCUAGAUUUGUGUUUUAGCCUCUGUGACCUAUGUAAUGGACAAAAGCACAAGAUGGCCUGCUGUUGGGUCAUGCUUUUCAUGUUUGCACUGCUGAAGGAGAAAGGCCUUGCUAAGAAUCAGAGUCCUUCAACUCUAUGCAAACAGUGUGUGUGGCUUCUGGGGUCCUCCAAACAAGGCUUCUGGCCAGCACACCAUGAGAUGACUGGCAGCAGCAGCAGAAGCCCACCUGUGCAAUAGCUAAGUGGGAGAAAGGUGGGUCACUUCUCCUCGGAGUGGCCAGGGAGGGAGCUGGAGAGCCGGCUUCAUUGGACACUCCCAGGCUUAAGCACUGUGCUCUGCCAGGGUCACUUUGCCUUGAGGCGCUCAUGAUGAGGUGAUCAAGCGGCUUCUGUGCUGACAUGGUGUUCAUAGCAAAGAGUCUGCAAAGAGCUCACAUGGAUCUGUCAGACAAAGCCAGCCUGCUUGGAUCAUUGGUGUCUUCUCUGUGAACAUGGGCACAGGGUGAGGUGCAAUUCAAGAUCAAGUGAUGGAAACAGCCAGACUUCUAUCGAAUACUAUGUCUUCUCUCAGCACUGGGCUUGGUAAACAUGGGACUGGCUGUGUUUUCAUAGAUAGGAAGUUGGCAGUGGCAGAUGCAGCCUGCUUAGAGCCAAGGUUGGUGUUCAACACCAGGGCUCUGAAAAGUGAGAUGAGGGUUAGAGUCGGUAUAGACUCAGCACUGGGAGGGAGGGUGACCCCUUUGGGCAACUCAAGUAGGCACGUAGGGUCACCUUGGAAAUGGUCCUGUGCAUGCAGACAGUAUGCCUCUGUCACAGGAUCAUGGGAGAUCAUUAGAGCUGGGAGAGACCUUGGCAGCCUCUAGUCCCAAAGGAAUCCCCAAUAUGGCCUAGCCAAUAAGGAGGAGGAAUGCAUUCCUGACUGCCCAAGGCAGCCCACUCCCCCUUGGAACAUCUCAAAUUGUAAAGGGUUUUCUUGGCUUUAAGCCUCUUUGAAUUGUCUGUCUCCAGAGCUCCUGGCUCUGCCCUCUGAGGCCAAACAGGGCAACUUAAAUCCCUUCCUUGUGACAGUUCUUCAGAUCUUAUGAAAACAAGUAGCUGUUCGAUUGUUAAUAAAAGUGUAAAAAAUAGAAUCACGAAUGAGCCACAUGCUCCCAGACUGGAUGGAUUACAGGUGUGGAUUGGACCUGGUGGCCUGCAGGGUCUCUCCCAGUUCCAGAAUCCAGGGAUUCUGGGAUCCCCCAGAUGUAAAGAUUCUCUGUAUCUAUCUAGUCUAAUCCAUCACACCCCAAACCAAGAUCUCCUCUGCAAUCUGACCAACAAGUGUCCAUCCAGAUUCUUUGAGCAGAGCCAGUAGAAGGGGUUUCUGCAAAUCAAUCCUAAAUUGGCACCUUUGCAACUUCUCUCACUGUUCUCUGCUCUCUGAUACCAAACCAUACAAAUGUAACCCCUCUUAAACAUGGCAGUCCCUCAAGUACUUGAAAACAGAUAUCAUCCCCCAGGCCUUUUCUUCUUCAGGCUACACAUGCCCAGUCCAUUCACCAAAUCCUUGAGUGGGCUGAUCUGGAGGUCCUUCACCAUCCUUGCUACACGUCAGGGCUGGGUCCCCUUGGACCAUCUUCUUGUUGAGGCUCCAUGUCUCCUUAAUGCAGUCUAGCAAAGCUUUAAUUUCCCGAUUUCCAUAUGACACCAUUGUCUUAGGCUGAGCCUUAGUGUCUUGUCAUGAAUAAGUAUGUAAUGACCGUUGAACUGGCUAAAUAUCUGCAUUGUUUUCAGAGGAGCUUCUGUCUGACAACCCCUCACUGAUCAGCUUUUGAGGUGGAUUUUGAAAUUCCAAUUUAGAACUUUUCAUUACAUCUACUCCUAUUAGAUUCAGUUCACAUUCUAGCUGUCCCAAUUCUGACCCUGCCAUUUGGGGUGUUAGCUAUCCCUCUCAGCAAAUUAAAUCAAUACCAUCUGUGCCUUCAUACCAGUCAUCGAUUAACAUUUUGAAUCGCUCAGGACCAAGGACAGCUCCCCGGGGGCAUUUUACAGCUUCAUCCUUCUAAACUGAUGUUCAGACCAUUACUGACUUCUCUUUGGACCUGGAAAGAAUUAGGGUUCAUUUCAACCCUAACUGCAUUGUGGUCUAGCCCCCAACUUUGUUCAGGCCACAGGGAGAGGAUAAGAGUUUUUGUCCCAUGUUUAGCAGAUGGCUGAGUAACGAAUAUCUGUAGUAUUUCCCCAACUGACCAGUCUAGUUACUUGGAGAGGGGAGUGCAUGUGUGUGUGUGUGUGUGUGUGUGUGUGUGUGUGUGUGUGUGUGUGUGUGUGUGGUGGCGGGGGGAGUGUAGGGGGUCAAGGAAUAAAGAUAAUCUGGCCUGAUCCUUUCUUGUUGAUACUAGGCUAGCUCUUGGGGACCAUUGCUUCCUUUGGGCCGGGCAGGACAAUGAGGGUCAAGUGACUUGCCCAGGGUCACACAGCUAGUAAGUGUUGUGAAAAAAAUUUACUGACUUGGGGGGACUAAUCUAACUGGAGGAAUAAUCUGGAGAUUUUUGACUCGCUGGCUAUCUGACUGCUAUUAAUUUAAUAUGGGCCAUUUAAAAAUUUCUCCACACUGCUCCCAAAUUGACAAGCGAAAGAUUAAGAAGCCUUUUAAUUAAAUAAUCAA